AUGUCCACCACCAUCACCAGGAAGACUGUGAGAAGCAGCUCGGCCGUACCCGGCCGUUCCUUCAGCUCCCACUCCUACACCGCUGGGCCCGGUGUGAGGAUGAGUACGGCUUCAGCCUUCGGUGGCUAUGGUGGGAGCCGCUACGGAGCUGGGUUGUACAGGGGUCCGGCCGUCGUGCCUGGGACAGGGGGUGGCAUCACGGCCGUGAGUGUCAACCAGAGCCUCCUGACGCCCCUCAACCUGGAGAUCGACCCCAGCAUCCAGCGGGUGCGGAAGGAGGAGAAGGAGCAGAUCAAGACGCUCAACAACAAGUUUGCCUCCUUCAUCGACAAGGUGCGUUUCCUGGAGCAGCAGAACAAGAUGCUGGAGACCAAGUGGAGCCUCCUGCAGAGCCAGAAGACCACCCGCAGCAACAUGAGCGGGCUCUUCGAGGCGUACAUCGCCAGCCUGCGCCGCCAGCUCGAGGGCCUGGGCCAGGAGCGCCUGCGCCUGGAAGCCGAGUUGGGCAACAUGCAGGGGCUAGUGGAGGAGUUCAAGAACAAGUACGAAGAGGAGAUCAACCACCGCACCGACAAGGAAAAUGAGUUUGUUCUGCUCAAAAAGGACGUGGAUGAAGCCUACAUGAACAAGGAGCUCCGGGAGCUGCAGUCUCAGAUCUCUGACACCUCCGUCGUCCUCUCCAUGGACAACAACCGCAGCCUGGACCUGGACGGGAUCAUCGCUGAGGUGAAGGCGCAGUACGAGGAAAUCGCCAACCGCAGCCGCGCCGAGGCCGAGAGCAUGUACCAGAUCAAGUACGAGGAGUUGAAGACGACGGCGGGGAAGCACGGGGACGACCUGCGCAACACCCGCAGCGAGAUCAACGAGCUCAACAGGCUGAUCCAGAGGAUCCAGGCGGAGAUCGAAGCGCUCAAGAACCAGCGUGCCAAGCUGGAGGCAGCCAUUACUGAAGCCGAGGAACGUGGUGAGUUGGCUGUCAAAAAUGCCAAGACAAAGCUGGAGGAGCUGGAGGCUGCCCUGCAGAAGGCGAAGCAGGACAUGGCCCGGCAGCUCCGUGAGUACCAGGAGCUGAUGAACGUCAAGCUGGCCCUGGACAUCGAGAUCGCGACCUACAGGAAGCUGCUGGAGGGCGAGGAGAGCAGGGUCCAUGCAGGGUGCCAGGAUCUGUCCCAGGGUGCCAGGAUCCAUCUUGGGGCUCCCCGGCACCAGCGCACGCGGGCGUUAAUUACGGCCCUCGUUAGCACUGGCCCCGACGAGGCCGCGGGCCGGUGGCGGCCAAAAUCCAAGUGGCCAAAUCCGGCAGUAUUUUCCCCCAAACCAAGAUUCCCUCCGGGAUCCAAGUGCCAGCUCCCAUCACGUCUGGCCUACAUCACCCGGAUCCGGGAGCUGCCCCAGGCCCAGACCAGCCACCCCGAGGCUCAGCCCCCCGGGAUUCUCCGGUGUCUCGUAUCAGGGUUGAGCCCCAGGCUGCUGCUCAGAGGAAAAUUGUGGGAGUCUUUUAUUUUCGGCUGCCUCUGCACCCCGAAAAGUUGUGGGAUCGUCCCGCCCGUGGGGUUUGUGGUGCCAAAAGUGGGGCCGGAGGGGCCCCAAGUCACCCAGGGAGGAGGGGGCACCCCGCUGGGUGCCCACCCAUAUGUCCCCUUUCCCCCCUGA